GCCGGUCGUGCUCUCGGAGAGGAGAAUUCAUCCGACGGGGAGAUUAGGUGGAGCAGAGUUGACACAGAGCAGGAUCCUACACUUGGGAGUCUUCUCCGUGGAUAGAACAGCUGGGAGCCCAGAGCCACAGUCGGAGUCGGGGGGCCCCUCGCAACUUCCCCCUUCCUCCACCUGGGGUCUGACUCGGCAGGCGGGAGUCACUUGGCCACUUUGGCACGCAGGGCACACGUCACACUCUGGAGCCAUGGGGACAGUGAGUGAACUUUGUGUGUCCAGCCUUCAGACAUUCCUGUGUCCAGCUGUGAAGUCGCCCCAGCAAGCUCCAGUCCCGGACGACCUCAGCCCAGAGGAGCAGCAGGAGCUGGAGAAUAUCCGCCGGCGCAAACAGGAGCUGCAGGAGGACAUUCAGCGGCUGAAGGAUGAGAUAGCAGAAGUGACGAGUGAGAUCGAGAACCUUGGUUCCAACGAGGAGAGGAAAAACAUGCAGAGGAACAAACAGGUGGCUAUGGGCCGUAAGAAAUUCAACAUGGAUCCCAAAAAGGGGAUCCAGUUCCUGAUUGAGAACGACUUGCUGAAGAACACCAGCGAUGACAUUGCUCAAUUUCUCUACAAGGGCGAGGGCCUCAACAAAACGGCCAUUGGCGAUUACCUCGGAGAGAGAGAUGAUUUCAAUAUCGAAGUCCUCCAUGCCUUUGUGGAGCUUCAUGAGUUCACAGACCUCAACCUGGUUCAGGCCCUAAGACAGUUCCUGUGGAGUUUUCGACUGCCCGGAGAAGCUCAGAAGAUCGACCGCAUGAUGGAAGCCUUUGCUCAGCGUUACUGCCAGUGCAACGCUGGCGUUUUCCAGUCCACAGACACCUGUUACAUCCUGUCGUUUGCCAUCAUCAUGCUGAACACCAGUCUCCACAACCCUAACGUGAAGGACAAGCCCUCUGUGGAGCGAUUCAUCUCCAUGAACAGAGGCAUCAACGACGGGGGGGACUUACCCGAAGACCUGCUCAAGAAUCUGUACGACAGCAUCAAGAACGAACCCUUCAAGAUCCCAGAGGACGAUGGCAAUGACCUCACACACACUUUCUUCAACCCGGACAGAGAGGGCUGGCUGCUAAAACUGGGGGGACGAGUAAAAACCUGGAAGAGGAGGUGGUUCAUCCUCACGGACAACUGUCUGUACUACUUUGAGUACACCACAGACAAAGAGCCCAGAGGAAUCAUCCCCCUGGAGAACCUGAGCAUCAAGGAGGUGGAGGAUAAGAAGCCAAACUGCUUUGAGCUUUUCAUUCCCGACAACAAGGACCAGGUGAUAAAAGCGUGCAAGACUGAGGCCGACGGACGCGUCGUCGAGGGCAACCACACCUUCUACCGUAUCUCUGCCUCCACUGCUGAGGAAAAAGAUCAGUGGAUGAACAGCAUAAAAGCCGCCAUCAGCAGGGACCCCUUUUACGAGAUGCUGGCAGCCCGGAAAAAAAAGGUGUCGUCCAUGAAGAGGCACUAGAGCUGCUCAGCGCUCCGGACGUUGCACUUGACAGAGCCGGGGGGGGGGGGGGGGUCCUGGUGGCCCGGUGCAGAGGCCACAGAUAAGGUUUUUCCCUCAGACCGUUUCCAGGGAGAUUUCUCUAGGAUAGUGACUCUACCGGCCAGGAAAACAGGAAGCAUGCUGGGGUUUCUAGAUAAGAGUCUGGGCCGAAGCCUCCUCUAACCUCUUGUCUGAAUGUCUCUGUUUCUCUCUCAGCUUCUGUGUCUGCUCUCUGUCUAGGAAGCCGAAAGGGAAUAUUGCUGCAGCAAAAUCAAACACAAUUCCCAUAUAAAUAUAUAUAUACAUACAUAUAUAUAUAAACAACAUGCAUACCUUCAUGCAGUCCCCCGCAGCACACGUCGUUUUAACUCAGCAGGUCUGAUCAAGUGUGGCGCCCCAACUAAAAUAUUCCUCGCUUUAUGGAAGAAGAGUCGAGACCUUCUCUGAUGUGCUUUGAUAUGUUUGGGUAAAUACGUGUGUAUUUUUUACAGCUUUUACUCUUGAUUCCUCUUGAGUCUUUUUUUUUUUGUCAAUUUACUUUUGUAAAAUGAAAUGGUCAUUCAACAGAAAUUGUGGGGGGAGGGGUAUUUACUAACUGUUACCAAUUUUUUUAUAAAAAAAAAAAAAGAAACCAAAAAAGUUGCCACUCAGGAGAUUGUUACGAUGUUCUGAAACUUUCUAUGGAUCCCAACAGCCAUGCGGGGGGACGGAAACCUUGUCCCUGUCCCAGACCGAACUGUUCUUUUGUAAAUGUGAAGCUGCAGUGUGGGGACGUACCGCUGCAGAUGAGGGUGUCUGCUUGUCUGGACAGGGUCUCAGUGUCGGAUCUGGCUCUUACUGUUCAUUUCCUGAAGGUCUCUUGAGAUGCGUCCCGGGGAUUUUAAGGGACGAGUGUCCAUCACCCCUGGGCCUCUUCUCUGGGUCUUAGGUCGUCUGGAUAAACAGACAUAUUGGACCCUUGUUUAUUUCCGACCCUUUUUUCAUGCUCUCACUAUGUCUCGAACGCGAGUUGACCUUCUUUCACUGUAUCAUGGAAGAAGAAGAAAAAAGCAAUUUAUUUGUUAGAAAGGUUACCGCUGCACAGUGCCUGGCGCUGUCGAUGAAACACAAUGAGAAAAGCUGCUGGUUAGCAACAGAAAUUCUGAUUAUUUCUCCCAGUCGAACAACAUUCAAUCUUUUGUUUGCUGCAUUUAAGGGUCCCCUGAAUAUUCAGUGGUAAAAACAAAUCUCAUGACAUUUUUUUUUAGCCUUCGGCCCAACGUCAUGAUCAUUGUACAAUAUUGUGUGCUUCAGGUUGUUUAGUGUAUAAACAUGAUAUGUGACAUAGAAGCUUUAAAGCAGCACAGAAACAUGUGGUGAUGCUAUACCUGGAAAAGGAAUGGGCUGUCCCCGUCUCAGGAAGUGAAACAAUAUAAAACUACUGCUCGUAUCAGGAAUGUACUUUUCGACGAACCAAAAAGAGAUGGAGGGUGGCUGAUUGGCCACGGUAAGGCAGUGCCGCGUCAUCGUGUCAAAUAACAAAAACCAACUGCAUUGAGGUACAGUUUUGCAAGUGCGGUCGGAGCAUUGUAUCAAGCAGUCGUCUUUUUUACUCUUGUCCGCAGUCGUGUUCCCUCUCAUCUGUGCCUGCUGGUCAUCAUCUUUCUCCUGGUUCUCUUCCUCUCUGCUCCUCUCAGCGCACUAAUCCUAGAGAAUAUAAGGAAAAAAAACUGCUAAGCAAUCAUAAUUCUAGACAGUAUUGGUUUAUUUAUCAAAGUUGUACAUACUUAAAUGUAUAGAGGGUGUAAAGUCUUAAUUUUUUUUUCUGAUCAGUUGUGCCAUUUCCGUUUUUGUUUCAGUAAUGUUUGAUUUGAGGUUUGUAUCAUUGCCAUUUAAUCAAGCUGAAAUAAAGAUAUGUCACAAACGC